CAUACCAUUGAGAAAUAAGCCAAUCACAGUAGCGUUCUUGUUAUAUGAUUAUUUGUAAAUAAAUGAUUAAGUAUACAAAUGUUUUGUUUUUGAUUGUGAGGUUAUGUUAAAGAAGAAGUUUUAAGAGAUUGGAAAAGUGUCAACUUAAUUAUUUAUUAUAUUUGCAAUAAAUAUAUCUUUAGUUAUUAUCAUUCAUAUUUAUUAAUAAUUUUUACUUGAAAUUUAUAUUUAUUACUAUGGAAUUUCUAAAAAGCAUUGGAGUUGGUGUGAGACCUAUAGAUGAUCCCUUUUUUGAUGAAACUUAUAAAAGUUGCAAGAUAUUUCAAAGGAAAGGAAUUAUAGCUGAAGAUGAUGAAGAUUUAUGCCAUGACAUUAUACAAGAUUUUUCUUGUCCGAACUCACAAUGUGCAGCAAUAUUUAAAACAUUAUUAGACUUUGAAAUGCAUUAUAAUUCCUGCCACCGAUAUAUUUGCUUGGAGUGUAAAAGGAUUAAACCAAAUCCUAGAUUAUUAGAAAUUCAUAUCCAAGAAACGCACGAUACAUUUUUCAAGCUAUUAUCAGAGAAACAACCAAUGUAUCAGUGUUAUGUUUCUCAAUGUAACACGAAGUUCAAUAAUUCAAAUGAAAGACGGGAACACUGUAUCAAUGUACAUAAAUAUCCAAAAAAUUGUCGCUUCGAUAUGUCAUAUCACAAAAAAGAAGAAAAUUCCAAUAACAAAAUGGAUGUAGAUUCCUCUAAUAAAAUGGAUAUUGAUAUUGUAGAUGAAAAAGAGGAAAAGGAAAAGAAAAAGAAAAAGAACAAGAAAAUUCUAUUAAAUAAGAAUCAAAAAACUAAAACGUUUAAUAAAACUUCCAGAAUAAGUAACUUUGAAAAGCCUACCGCAAGUUGUGCUGCUUCUUCUUCUUCCACAACGUUUACUGAUAUUGAUAAAAAUGCAUCUUUAAUGUUUGUACCUAGACAAGUAGAAAAAUCUUAUGCAAAGACUCUUAGUAAAAAUCAAAGUAAAGAAAGAAAUGUUCUUGAAGCAGAAUGUAUGUCAGACAUAGCAAAAUCUCUACCCGAUUAACCAGUUACCUAUGGUGACUUCUUUAAAAAGUGUGCACCUAAAUUGUAUUGCCAAAAUAUAAAGUGACAACGAGUAUACUCGUUAAAGACAGUAUAUGUAGCUGUUGUAAUAUUGAAUUAAGUUUUAAUCAAAUGAUUGUAUUAUUUUUGUAUAAAAUUUAUAAUUUUAUUAUUAAUACACACGUUCAUUCUUCUUCUUCGUGUACUUAAUUCAAAUAUAUAGUUUGCAUAUGGAAAAAAAAAUCAAAAAAAUUAAUUAUUUAAAAGAAUGAUUAGUCAGAAAUUUAUCUGCUGUUGUUGAAUGAUAAUUGAGUAAAGCAAGGUACAAUAUGUAAUAGCAUUUUGCAAGUCAAAUAUCAAUAUCUUGAUUGUUUCCGACUAUUAGUUUUGUUAUAUGUAAAUAUUUUCUUGUGGAAUAACUUUUGGAAGAUGUGCUUGGUAUAUAGUUUAAAAAAUAUUUUUAUAUAUAUUAGUUGUGUAGCGUUAGGUUUAGUUGAACGAGUUUGUUUUACUUUGUUCACACUAUACACAGUAUUUUUAUGAUAAUUAUUUAUAUUUCAUUAGAGUUUCAUUAUCUAUAAUAUCUAUUCCGUAUAAUUGAACAUCGUCAAUCAUAGUUAGUUGGUUAAGAGUUAUUUUUUAUAUGU